UAGUUUGUCUUUGUUUGGUUUUGUUGUCAUCUCCCCCAAAAUCUUCCCUAGAUUUACCAUUUCCAUUGCUACUAAAGAUCAAUCACUUCUCUAUAUCUCAAUCUUUCGAAAAAUCGACGUUUAUUCGGUGCCGGAGAAGACAAGCUGCCGGCUUUAGAGCUUACAAGCUGCAGCUCCCAAAGACCGGAUAUUAUUUCUGUAAUAAAGAAAAGUAUUACAUCGAACAACCACUUCUCAGGGUCUCUCGAGCAAAUUUUUAAGAGAACUUCUUAUUUAAUAAGAGUUCAAAGAGAUCGAGUGAGGGCUUCCAUAAAAUCGACGUAUCGAUUAAUGCAUAGGUUUUCUUCUUUUGUUUAAUUUGCUUUAUUCAAUAUCCCAGAGCAAGCUUUUGUAUAAGGUUUCAAGACGAACCUUUUACCAUCAAUUUCAGAAUCACCUCGCUCGGGAAAUCUUUGUUGAUUUAAUGCCCUGGAUUUUGUUUCCUUUUUCUCGAUCGUUAUUCAGAUAAAUGCGAAACAUAUGGACGUCGGAAACUUUUCAAGUUCAUAUAAGGUUUCGCAGCUGCUCCCCAGUCGUCUCUGAAUCUAACUUGCUGUUCCACAGAUUAUUUACUAUCCAUGUUUUCUUAAAGGAAAAAAAAAAUUCAUUUUUCUUAUUUUGUUUUUACAUUUCUCUCUUGACUUCUACUUCUCUAAUACAGUCUCUUAUAAAGCCUAGAGACGAAAACACGAAACCCUAGCCCACAUUACAGUACUAGCAUUGGGAUGGGGAGAGGAAAGAUCGAGAUCAAGAGGAUCGAGAACACGACGAACCGUCAGGUCACGUUUUGCAAGCGUAGGAAUGGAUUGCUGAAGAAAGCGUAUGAGCUCUCAGUGCUCUGCGAUGCGGAAGUUGCCCUCAUCGUCUUUUCCAGCAGAGGCCGCCUCUAUGAGUACUCGAACAAUAACAUCAAGACAACUAUAGAGAGGUAUAAGAAGGCUAGCUCAGACAGUGCGAACACGACUUCUGUCAUAGAGAUCAAUGCUCAGUAUUAUCAACAAGAAUCAGCCAAGCUGAGGCAGCAGAUACAGAUGCUGCAGAACUCUAACAGGCAUUUGAUGGGAGAUUCUUUGAGUGCCCUUUCUGUGAAGGAACUGAAGCAGCUAGAGAACAGGCUCGAGCGCGGAAUCACCAGAAUUAGGUCCAAGAAGCAUGAAAUGCUGCUUUGUGAGAUUGAGUACUUGCAGAAAAAGGAGAUUGAGAUGGAAAAUGAAAGUGUGUACCUUCGCACCAAGAUAGCUGAGAUAGAGAGGAUGGAGCAAGCAAACAUGGUUCCGGGCCAGGAGAUGAAUGCGAUUCAUGUGUUGGCUUCCCGCAAUUUCUUCCCCCCCAAUAUGUUGGAGGGUGGGAAUUCCUACUCUCAUCCUGAUAAGAAACUCCAUCUCGGGUAUGAAUCAAUAAUUCUAUGCAUACUAGUCUAGAUAUUCUAUGGAAAC